AUGUUGUUCAACUUUCUGCUAUAUGGUGCGGUAAGCGCCGCCAUCCUCUCAGACCCAGACCGCUUGGACCGCCUCAUGCGUUCCCGCACCCGCGAAAAUACUGUCGACCGUCGUGACGUCAUUGACCCUCCAAUGGCUCCGUACCGCGGGCCAGGGCUCCAAGUCCGACCCUAUACUAAUGAAUCUUCUCCUUCUGCUUCUUCUUUUGCAGAAUCUGGCCUGGCGGCUGCCUGGAACGCCGCCGUGCCCAAUGUGUGGGCUGACUAUUACUCUGUGCCAUGGGAAAUGCUCAACCCAGUGGACUUGGCCAGCCUUGGAGGAAUGAAGGAGUUUGUGGCUACAGGAAGGUACUUUGACAUCAAGUCUUUGGGACCCUCAUUUGCUCUGACACUGCCAAUUGACGAUAAAGGGUUGUUUAUUCCAGGAAACACAUCGCUAUUAUUUAUGUUCAACACCAGUCGCUCGGUUUCUCCCAAAUCAGUUUCCUCAGACACAGGUCCUGCACAUUUUGCAGAUAUCAAUGCCGCACGAAUCAUUCAAACGUCACUUCCGUUUGGUCUUCCACGUUACCAUUAUGUUGAAAACUACUCGUUACUAGUCCCCAAACACUUGUUAUCCCAGUCUGCUGUCAAAACUGUUCCUGUUGAGACUGGUGACGCAUGGGUCCGCCGUAUUGGACUCCGCCGUAUUGCCAUUCCAUUGUCCAAGGAAAUGGUGCAAACUUCGGGUCCCGUCCUUGCGUUUGUGUUUCGGUCCGGCGAAUCACUUCGAGAUUUUGUGGAAGAAGCAGAUGUGGCACGGCUUUUGGCCCAGGAGGAACGGCUGGAAAAAGAAAUCGAUGCAAGAGAAGACGGUGAUGUGGGUAAACACGGGUUGCGCGGGGUUACACCUGCUGUUUUACACAAGUACCGAACUAAGAAGAAGAAUAUGGGAGAAGGCACCAGCAACGUGUUAACAUCAAGUAAUAACACACUGAGUAAUGGGACAAUUUUACAAACACCAACACGGGAAGACCUAGGGAGAGCACGAGGUCAUUAUACACAUGCAAAGAAUCAUAUCAAUGAUGCAUUGGUGAAGUCAUCGUCAGAUGUUGCCAAGGCAGUUUUGGCUAGCUCAUCUACUUUUUUUGACAACUUUGCGCGACGCUGGGCGGCAACAGUUGGUGUUCAAUCGUUACUGCACUCUACGUUUUGCCAGGUGAAUUGCAAGUUUCACGAGCAAAGUUAUUGUCUCAAGUUUGAGGAGGAAGGUCAUGCAGUAGUGUCACUUUUAAGUGUGUCAUCAGAUUCACUGAAUAGCCCUCAGCAGCAGCAGCAGCAUCAAGGACUAAAAAGGAGAGGAUUAAGAACAGCAGAUAGAGUCAAGUAUGCACUUGAAGACAGAGUUUUUGCGUUGGGCCAGAUUAUGCUUGGGGUGAGAGAUUAUGCAAAUAAGAUUGGGAUUAAAAAUGAAGCAAAGUAUUAUAAUUUGAGGGCAAUUAUUUCUAGUAAGAUUGCACCGUUGAGAUUGAAGGCCCACCAGUUGGAGCAGGGACUGGACGUUGGUACGGCUGACGCUGAGGAAGAAGAUGAAGAAGAAGGUGCCCAAGCAGAAGUUUUUGCAGAGCUUCAGGAAGACUAUAGAGAGCCAAACUAUGACGACAAUCUAUGGGCUGGGUGGGAAGAAGGCGUUGACCGUAGUGCGUAUAAUGAAGAAAAAGAACGGUUACUGGAUGCACAGCGUGUACAAUUCAGGCGUGUAGAUGGGUCUGAUGGGUACGGGAUCCGGGAUGGGUUUGAUGCGUAUAAAGCGGAACGAGAUCGCAAGUAUGCGGAAGAGUAUGAAGAAGAUAAAAGUGGAGAAGAAAUGAGGUUAAAGAAAAGAGCUUAUACCAAGUACAAGAAUAAGAAGGAACCAAAACUUGGGUGGCCGAAAGAAGAGGAGGGUAAUGAGAUUUUAGAAAAUGUGGAACUUAUUGAUCGGUUUGGGAAAGCGGUAAAUGAAGAAGCAAGAAAGAUUUCAGCACGGGGAAUUGAAAAGCACUUUGUAGAUGGCGACGAGACUGAUUUCAAGAAGAGAUCUGAGGAGAGAGAUGAGAGUGAAGAAAAUGUUGGAUCAUUGUGGGUUGGCCAGCCUCAGUUAAAGAUGAUUCGAAUUGACGCACCGGAAAUUAAUACAGAUGUGUUUUUCGGGCGGUUGCAACGGUUUAUGAAUAGACAUGAUCAGGAGUUUCAAGAUGAAUAUGAGGAUGAGGAAGAUGAGAAUCAGUGUGAGGAUGACUAUGAUGAGUAUGGGGAUGGGGAGGAUUAUGAAGGGGAAGAAGAAGAGGAAUGGAAAGAAUGGGAUGAAGAAGACGAUGAAGGUGAUGAAGAAGAAGAUUGUGAGGAUGAAGAGGACGAAAUUGAAGGUGGGGAUAGUGAAUCGAGUGACUGUGAAGAGGAAGGACCUGAAGAAUCUACAGAUUGUGAAGAAGAGGAGCCUAAAGAAUCUACAGAUUGUGAAGAAGAAGAACCUGAGGAAUCUACAGACUGUGAAGGUGAAGAGCCUGAGCCUGAGCCUGAGCCUGAGCCUGAAACUGAAACUGAAACUGAAACUGAAACUGAAACUGAAACUGAAGAUUGUGAAGCACCCCCUGAUCCGUAUUACUCUUCUGGAGAGUUUAACGAUUUGGUUGAAGAACAAGAGGUCCAAGUUCAAGUUCCUCCUGUACAAGUUGGCACUUGGCGUCGGCGGCGGCAGCAGCAGCAGCAGAAACAGCAACAGCGCACCUCUAGAGGUUUAUCAAAGCGUGCGCUACGAGCAUACUCCAAAGUAGACGCACUCAAGUCAUUAAUUGAUGAGAAGCUAACAACACAAACGGAUUGUGUACCAAUUACUUGGAAAUUGGUAUUUGAACAUGCGCUCUAUGGAGUCCCGGAACGAUUCUGUACAAGAGAGGAAACUCUGGCACAGCUAAGAAGCGAUUACAAGGAUGAAGGGGUACGUAGUGGACAAGUGCCUGCAGACCGGCCGUAUGCACAGCUCAAGGCGCACCUAAAGAGCAAGUUUGGGAGACAUGAGUAG